AUGUUUUCAAAGUUUGUUGUGUUUCCGGAUCAACAAUCGCCAAAUCAACCUCAACCCCAAACUCAAACUGAAACUCAAACCCAAACCCAACACCACCACCAACUUGUCGAUGAAUUGGAUGAUGCGGAAGAAGAAGACAUGGUUCCUGAAACUCAACCAACACCACCACCACAAAGACGUAAAGGGAAAAACAACAAGGGGGUUUCAAAAAUUAACGGGUUGUACAACAACUUAAAAACCCAACGGAAAAGCGGCCAAGGCGACGAAGAAAUAUUUCAAGAAGUGUUGCAGUUUUACCUUGAGGAAGUCGGAAAACCAUUCAAGUGGCACGAUUGUUGGAAAUUAUUGGUCCAAAGUCCUAGGUGGAUAACAUACGAGCGGGAUUUUGUUUUUGGAGUCCAACAAUCAAAGCGAACGAAAACGGGCUCUAGUGGUUACACAACCUCCUCCGAUGCUCGGGUCGGUGUAGAUUUAAAUCCGAACGACGAACUCGAGCUAGAAGAAAUUGUCCGCCCAAUGGGUAGGGACAAAGCGAAGAGAAAGGGAAAAGGAACUUUUUCGAGUGCAUCUAAUUUCAGCGUGGACAUUGAGGAAAUGCGGAAGAUAACAUCGUCGUUUGAUCGAUAUAAUCUUAUUUUUUCCGAACGCUUGGCUUUCGACAAAGUAAAAGAAGAAACAAGGAAAAAGGAGCGGGCGGAGAGACAAGAAAUGGAAGACAUGAAGUUUUUGAUGGAAAACGUCGAUCAUCUCUCGGGACCGGCUCUCGAGCUCGUUUAA